CGAGAGUUGCGCGGGGGAGGAGGUGAGGGGACGGGCAAGAUGGCGUCGGAGGGCGACCURGGCAGGAAGUGGGACCGGUGUGUGGCGGACUCCGCCGUCAAACUGGGUGCUGGAUUUGGAUUAGGAAUCGUUUUCUCAGUCAUCUUCUUCAAAAGAAAGACAUGGCCUAUUGCAUUUGGGUCAGGGAUGGGGUUAGGAAUGGCUUAUUCCAAUUGUCAACACGACUUCCAGUCUCCAUAUCUUCUCCAUGGUAAAUUUGUAAAAGAACAGUGACUAAUGGCUAAGACUAUCCCAGUGGGAAGGAAGGAGAAAUCAAUGAUUAUUCCUCAGGAAUACUGAAGUGCCCCUGGAAUAAGCCAACAUUCUUCAGUAACGAUCACCAGUAACUCUUUAUACUCCAACAAACUGUUUCUGUAUACGAAACAAAGUUCUGUUGCUUGUUUUGUAUCGUGUCUGAAAAGUGCAAGGAAGAGCUCUUCUGGGAAAUAAAUAAAAGAAAAAUGGCCUUCUCUGGUGUGUUGACUUUGUAUGUGAGUGAGAGAGAGGGAGAAUGGAAGGAGAGAACUUCAUUUGGAGUAGCCAGCAGCUGGGACCACCUGGGCCACUGGGAGAGCUCCUCAGCAAAGCCAGCCAUCGUCUGUUCCUCCCUGCUCCUGAGAGCAACCCCCAUCCAGCAUCCAGUUCAAAGAAGCAUUCCCACCUCAUAAAUCACCCACUCGACCCCUGCUGCUUGUGCCGGUGUUUGGAGAGGAAUAUAAAUACUCCUAUGUCCUGUUUGUACAGUUGCCCUUUAAAAUUGGAAUUUUGUCCUCUCAGAAGAGGCAGAAUCCAAACGGGUAAAUCCAAACUGUGUGACGGAUGCAGCAAGGCCCUGCUGUCUCUUGUAGCUUUGGGUCAUGGAGUGACCCCAUUUGAAACUUUCCAGGAUAGUGGGUGAGUGAAACACGUCCUCAUGCCAUCUGGCUCUCAGCUUACCCUUUAGGCUGAUUGUUUUUGCACCCCUCUUCGUGGGAGAACAGAGAGGUUUCAGUAUCUGGGAAUGGGUCACAACUACUUAAAGCUCUUUACUGCCUUGGCAAGACACUGCUCCAAGUGCUCCCUUGUUUCCAUCUGCCCCGCUCCUUGUGAUGCCUUGUUGGCUCGUUGUCUGUUGCUCUUCCCCUGGCUCUGGAUCUUGUCUUCACUGCUGCUUUACUCAGCACAAUUUUCUAGCUAUGGAGAUGACUCUCGAGGAUCUCUUUGCUUUGUCCCACGUUUGCUGUGUGUUGUCUGUGUAGCACAAGGAGUAAAUGCRUGUCUGAGGAUGGAAAGGGAAUGGUGUGGGAUGAAACAGAAAUUCUCUUUAUUGAAAGCCUCUUCUGCUGCAUGGUGAGUGCUAAUGGAUGGAACAGUGAUAGAAUAACUCCUCACCAGAAAGGAAAACACAAAGGAAAACAAGUUGUGUGAUAGUUGUUUUUUAAACCAUGCCAGGAAAGGAAGGGGAUGGACUGAGGGGUAGCCUGGAGUUCAGAGGGCUUGAGAAACUCCUUAUCUUACAGGCCUGAGGUGUGGGCCUGCAGCAGUCCUGCAUCCCCACCUCUCCUGGGCACUGCUCUGUGCAUCCCACACUCUGGAGAAACAUGUUUGAGCUAUGCCCAGAGUCAACAGACGCUGAGGAGCUCGCCUGGAGCAAAGGACUUGUGAAAUAAAAUAGCUGCAGUGCCAGAGCAGCAUUAAGACUGUCAGAGCAUGAUACCAUCCAGGACCAUUGCUCCAGCAUGUCCUUGUUUUUCCACCUCCUCCCUUGCUGGACUGCAUUCAUCAGUCAGGUCAACACAGCUUAUUGAAAACAGGAUAUCUUUCUUGUUUCCCCAUUUUGAAUCAUUUUAUCCAGCCCCAAUUUUUAAUUUGAACUGUGUACUUUGGAGCCAGAGCUCCUCUGUGGUUUGGAAAUGGCUUUUAUGGAGUUCUCGGUGUGUGUGGUGCAGUGGGAUCUGCUGGAGACAGRAGCAUCAGCCUGGGCAAGACCCAGGAGAGCCACAAGUGGUGGCAACGCUGAACAUAGCGACUGUCAACGUGCAGGGAAAGCUUCAGCUCCUGCUUCAGCUCCUGCUGUGUCAUCUGGGCCGUGAUGCUGGGUUCAAUUUUUAUUUAGUGUCCCUGGUAACGAGUCAUCCUGACCUUAAAUGCUCUGCUUCAGCUCAAAUAGGACUUCCUAGAGUUAAUUCUCAUCGUGGGCUACUGUGGCCUGUGAUCAGGUGGUUCUUCUGGCCCUGGAACUCAGACACUGAUUGUAGAUAUCGAUUCUCAAUGUGUCCUUUAUUGCUAGAGUGAGAAUGAUCAGAACAAAAGUUCUUGCUCACUAAUGUGAAGUCAACACGGGUGAGUGUGCACAAAUCACAGUUUUAAAAGUGAAAUUUAAAUUUGCUCUUCAAGUGGGGGAAAAGCUUAACUUUUUGGUUCUUUUCACAGCUGCCUUGCUUGUUGUCUGUGUUGAUGUGCGUAUAUAUAUGUGUGUAUGUAAAUUCACAUAUAACCACCACGUAAAGGAUCUGUAUUUGUUUUGCUUUAUUAAAUUAA